GAAGUGCUCGUUCGAAAGGCGGAUCCCUUUCUGCUAACUUGCAUCCCCCCCACACCCCCUUGCUGAUUUAUUUUCAGCCUUUUUCCAGCUUCCUUCCGUAUUUUUGUUACCGUCAGAUUCGAACGAAAUCCCGUCCCUCAUUCUUUUACGUCGAGAGGGUUGCUUUGAACCUGUCCGCGACGACAGGGAGACUUUCCCCUCCGCUAGCAACUAAGCUAACUUUUUUAUUUUUUGGGUAACACCACUUUUGAGCAGCGCACGCACAAAAUGGGGGACAAAGAUUUGACUUGGGCGCUGAAAACCGGCGACUUGGAAGAGGUGCAAUCCAUGCUGAAGACGCAUGAAGAUGUCAACCGGACCCUGGAGGAAGGCGGCAGGAAGCCCCUCCACUUGGCGUGCGACUUUGGCCAGACGAGCAUCGUGGAGUUCCUCCUCUCCAAGAAAGCAGACAUCAAUGCUACCGACAAGCACGACCUCACUCCGCUGAUGUACGCCUGCCUCGAAGGCCACGCUGCCUGCGUCAAGGUCCUGCUAGAAAAGGGCGCCGACAAGGACCUCCCGGCCCCGGGCGGCAAGAAGCUCGUGGAGAUAGUCUGCGACGACAACAUCAAGGCCAUGCUCAAGUGAUGGCGGGCGGGGGGGACGAGCCCAACGAGACUGGACUCGGCACAGAACCAGGUGGCCCUCUCCUCGCCGCUUUUGUCUGUCAGCUCCAGCGGGGGCUCAUCUUACCUGUCUAGUGGUUUUCUUCUUCUCCCACUCCUCCGAGAUGUGCUUUCCUCUCUUUUGUAGUUUUUUUAUUUUGUUUGGUAAAUGGCCACGAGCGGUGGACAGGUGGAGGGUGCGCGCUUAAAUAAAACACAAGGCUUAUUAGCACUUCAAUUCGCUCUACUACGUCAUCGUGUGUUUUCCCCUCGGCAUACUGAAUUGUACAAAGGAGAGUUUGGGCCACACUGGACAGAAAGAAUUGAAAUGUGGAAUGAGAAUAAAGUCCUAUUUCGCGAUGGAAAAGAGUAGGCUUUUGAGCAAUCAUCAUUUUCUGCAAAAAUAAGACGUCUUUUGGAAAGUCUUUUUUUUUUUUUUUUUUUUUUUGAUGAAAAAAAAGACUUCUCAAUAAGUAAUUUUUCGGUCCAAAAUAUGUAUUAUUGUUCAAUUGACACAAUUUGUCCUUGAUAAAUGUUUUAAAUCUCGGGGGGAGGGGGGGGGAUAGUUGCGCAAUUGACUUCUCCAAACUACCCUUUUCCCCCUCAAACACAACUAAAAAACACUUCACCAAAAUAGGACUUAUUCUCUCUUUUUCUCCAAUGUGGGUUCAAGAGCCUUUUGUAGAAUUGCACUGUACAAAAGUCAGCUGAAAGGUUUUUGUUUUGUUUUAAUAUAACUACGCCCACUUUGCGUAAAGCUCCUUUUGUAUUGCUUACAUAUCACAUUGUCUUUCCCGUAUCCAUCGACCAAUCACCAUGCUGGCUAACAACAACUAGGAACACUUGAAUUAUUUUUUACUUAUUCUGGUGAGGUUGAGAAAGUCACUAACAGGAAAAAAAAACUAGUCAGUGUCUUGAGAAUGUUUGUUUUGCAGUUCAAUGGAUGGCGGGGGGUAUCCCUGUAAUAUUAAGACCCUUGCUUCUUUUGGUCAUUUUCGCCCCCUCCUUGAAUUUGCUUUGGCUACAUGUCAAGUCUGCUUGGACGUCGUCAUGUCGUCCGUCGCUCUCUCUCUCAGUUGCUGAAAAAACAAAUAACGGCUACAAUGUAAAAAUAAAUCUCUCCGGCUUUGUUGUGACAAAAAGUCUGUAAAAACAAGAAUAAAAAUAUCCAUAAACGUUCA